AUGUCUUCAAAAAUAACUUUAUCAUUGCCAACAAGUAAAUCCACAUCACUAUCACCAUCAUCAUCACCAUCGUUAACAACAACAACCCAUCAAGAAGGCUCAUCUUUCAAGAAUAAUAAUUUAUCAUUAUUGGGAAGGAUACGACAAUUGCGAAAAUCGGAACAGAAAAGAAAGACUGUUGGAGAAGCGAAUACUACCAUCACGAUCAUCAUCUCCUCUUCCUCCACCACUCGAACCACCACUAUGGAAAGAUCUUUCUCAACAACAAGCCUUCAUUCAUCUUCCUAUCAUCCUCAAGCCUUAUCAUCAUCUUUCAACAAUUCUAUGAAAGAAGAGAAGGAUCAACAUGUCGUUUAUCAAGGAAUUAAAAAAUCAAAGAGAAAAGCAUUCACUCCGAAAAGAGAUGCUGUCAAGAUGCUGUCAUCCUUCUCGUCACAUCAGCACAAACGUCCCUUAUUGAAUUCAAAACCAAUGAUGGAAAAAUUGACACAAUUUGAAAUGCCAAGAUUGGACUAUGUCACAAGAGAGUCCCUAUCUUCCUCAUCGAUUGAACAAGAUCAAACAAAUUCGCUUGCACAAGAGUCACGAGAACAUACAACGCAUGGAUAUGUUUCCACAAAUCCCAUCAUGGAAUCAUCCUUAACAACAACGUCAAAAAUUAGUGAACUUCUUCAACCAACUCUGAAUGAUGAGGAAUUGGAAAAAAUGUUAGAAGAAGCAAAUCGAAUUGAAGAUCCUUCUACUCGUCAUUCACAUCCUGAAAGGAAUGAAAAAGAAAAGAAACAUAACGACCCCUUUGUUGACACUCAACAAUAUUCUGAAUAUGAAGAUUUGGAGAAAGAAAUAAGUGAGACAGCUCACAGUGAGCAUGAAGGUUAUAUUAUUCUAUCUGAUGACGAUGAAGAUCAUGAACAGGAAGAUUUGGAGAAAGAAAUGAACAAAAUAAUUGACAGUGAAGUAUCUGACGAUGAUUUCAUUUGCAUGUCAAAUUUUCCAAAAACACCUGUCACUCAGAAAUUCAAGACAACUAACGUCACCAUUCAUGAAAACAAAAAGUCAGUACUUGUAAAAAGAGAAGGUCACUCUGACAUGACAUUAUGGAUUCCAUUGGAUCUCUCUUUUCAAAAAAUCAAACAGCAUAUUUGUGAAACCCUACGAAAACAACCAAACGAAUAUAUAUUAUCCAUCUUUGACGAUGACCAAUUUGAACAACGACGAUUUAUAACUGUGGAAGAUUUGUGUGAAUGGUUUCAAAUUGACAAGAAGGAUGAUUCACAAAAAUUAGAAUUCACUUUACGUCCAAAAAGAUCACACUGA